ACAGUGGUAAGCAAGAGAACUGGUAGGAAGCCGCCUAGGCAUUUUGUAACUCAUUGCCUGUUUAUUCUGCACAAGUAAAACUUCCUCUAAGCAGUGAUUUGUCAGUUUGGGGUAUUGCUUUACAUUCCCAUCUGCAUUUCCUCCUUCCACUGCGGAGGUAUACCAAAUGGCAUCACUAAAGGGAAAAUAUAUCAAGCCUUAGAGAGAGACAAAGUGGAGAAUCAGUGUCCGUCAUUUCAAAGACUGCUAGAUAAGUGACAGAACUGCUUUGGGCAACUUCUACACAUUCUUUCUCCAAGGCUUCAUACAUUUACUCCUAUGUACCGUAUUACACCUACAUUUAAAUCUAGGAUGGUUGUAAUUCCUGAAUGGCUAGUAGGGGUGAUAUGGGUCAACAUCCUACAAACACCUCAUCAUCUGGUAAAGGUUCAUAAAUAGCAGCCCUUGUUACUUGUGAGCUUAUAAUGAUUACAGGUGACCUCUAAAGGCGAUAUCUCCAAAUCAACCCAUUUCUAAAAAUACAGCUUCCUAUUUUCUCCUGAGAGCCUCAGAAUCCACUUUGACAAUGUGUCUGCAGCUGUGCUGGACAGCAGAACAAGAUGAGUAUGUGUGAGACCGGUGCAUGGGGGGAUGAGGAGCUUAUUAUGCUUAAUAGUGCACAAGGCAUGAUAGUCUCUUCUGAUAAAAAGUCAUAACCCCCCUCUCUAACUUAUACCCUCUAAUUGCUAUGGCAACAGUGCACUCAUCCAUUCCACACACACACUCCCUUCUUUGUGCUACCAUGAAACAUGCUGCUGUGCCUGUCUGAUAGGGGGGUGACGGAGUGGACAGGAAUUUGGGACCCCCUCCCCUUGUGUGAAAGAGUUGACUUUCCUACCCUAACACACAACCCUACUUAAACUUGGGGAUAAGUAAAGGAGAAAACAUUGAGAGGCACAAAGGACAUAAGACUGAUGAGGCUUGUUGCACUGAAGUGGCCUGAAGUAGAUGAGUGGAUCUGAAGACAAAAUGUUAAACAAUUCCUCCAUCUUGGCUUGGGUGGAUCCUUGUGUCCAAGAAACAUGGUUGGAGAAUGCUCUGCUCUCUGUCUGCUACCUGCUCGGACUCUUUGUAGGAGGCCUGGGAAACAUACUAGCCAUCUCAGUCUUUGCACAAGACCGUCAGCCUAAAUCACCCUCUGACAUCUUUCUCCUUCACUUGGCCCUAUCAGAUCUCUUCCUGCUGCUCAGCCUUCCCACUCGGCUCUUCUACCACCUCUCAGGAAACAGCUGGCCCUUCGGCUCGUUGGCAUGCAGACUCUCUGGAUUUGUUUUCUAUCUCAAUAUGUAUGCCAGUCUUUACUUUCUGGCAGGCAUAAGCAUUGACAGGUACUUGGCCAUCGUACACCCCCUUAACUCUGUCAAGUUCCGGAAGCCAUUACAUGCUCAUGUGACUUGUGGCUUUUUGUGGGCCAUUGUUGCAUUUGCUACUGCACCAUUACUGUUAGGCCGAGGAAUAGCAAUGGAUGAAACAGUUUGCCGAUUGCUGUACCGGGAAACUCCAUCCUUGCGAGCACUGUCAUCGCUAAGUGCUGCAUUCGCCAUCCCUUUCUUAGGCACAGUCAUUUGCUACGGUCUUAUUUUGAAGCGUCUUCGAAAAGGAGGUGACAGGAAGCCUAAGGAGCGUGCAGUAAAAAUGGUGCUGCUGGUACUUACAAUAUUCCUCAUCUGCUUUGUUCCAUAUCAUCUCAGUCGCACACUUUACCACGUGUUGAUGCCUGGAGGUGAAAGCUCUGCCAUGAUAUCUUCCUGUGAAUUGAGGCAAGGCUUAGCAUUGGCAAACAGAUUUACGUCCUGCCUCAGCACCCUGAAUGCUGCACUAGAUCCGCUGGUCUAUUUUUUUGCUGUCAAGAAAUUCCGUCAGACCUUUGCUCAUUUGCCAUGUAGACGGGAUGGGACAGACAAUGGGAAAACCCGGGAGGAAGGACGAACAGAGGACAGCUCACUCAGUGCCAAGACAGAUGUAUGAUGGGAAAUUAACUAUCAAAGAGUUAUAGAUCAGCUGGAAAAUGCUUAUUAAAUGACACCAGCAAUGGAGUGAGCCCAAUCUGGUUCGUCAAAGAACAUCAACUACUUUGCAGACAAUUUUCUCAGACAUUGCAACAAGACACAAAUAAAAAUCACUGUAAUUACUGGUGAUUAAAGACUCCAAAUCACAUCCUGCAUUGUUAAAGUCUGGCAACUUAACACGCACGGAUUAUUCACGCAUUUUUGUCAUGUGAAUGGCGUUUUCUGUGGCGCCACAUAACCAAGUUGAGUGAACAAAGAAAAAAAACCAUGAACGUAUUAACUUCACACAAGUAUACAUAUAUUGCCAAACUAAUCAAAAGACUAUUUAUCAGAAACACAUAUAGCUUAUUAAUUAAUUAUGUUUAUUUAUACAAAUGUUUUACAUGCAGCUUGAAAAUUAUUAUGACAUAAACAAAUCAAAUAAAGGGGAUCUGUAAAAAUGGACUGAUUGAAAGUGAGCGCAAUACACCCCUCGGAUAUUUAUAUUUUACAGGUACUGAAUUUAGAUUGUGGGAAUCGGCUGUGGUUUCUGUAAUAGAGAUACACUUUAUAUAAUUGUGGCAGCUACAUUUUUAGGAAAUUAUCAUAUGAACUGUUUAACUCAUUUGUAAUACACUAUUUAAAGUGAGGGAAAAAAGGAAAGAAAAGGGUCUGUCUUUGGUGCACAAAAAUUUAAAAUAUAACUUUUAAUUGUUUCCGUUAAAAUAUAUGCGGCACGGAUACGAGCUGGGAUAGGCAAUUUACAUGUGGUAUUCGAAACAAUAUACCAGCUGGAGUGUAACACAGGCUACUUAUAUAUAUGUUAGGGUCUCCU